UUCCUUGUUCGAGAUCAAACAGAAACGUGUCACGGACUGUCGUAUGUGAUGGACUUUACCAAUGCGAUCGUUACGAGGACGAAUUAGUAUGCGAUAACUCAGCACCAUUUCUUCAGGAAGGCGAAUCACAUUUCAUCUCCUUACCAACCACCAGGACAACACGAUUUUAUAACGCAACCUUGCUUCAAACAAACGCUACUAAUGGAUUUCAAAUUGUGUUCCAGUCUUUGAAUCUCAUCAAUGGCUAUGCUUAUGCUAAGUUCGAAAUAGGGACUGGUAACGAUCCGUCUGACAUACAGUCUGUAAUAUUAACUAUCCAUGGACCUAGAAACACUGCUCCUGAUGAUGUCUAUGUAGAUACCAAUGAGAUGUGGAUUGCUGCCAUAGGAGCAAAGAGUAACUCUUGGCUUCAAAUGGACGUGCGGAUAUUUUCUAAUGACUUAUCAACCGUGUUUCCUUGUUCGAGAUCAAACAGAAACGUGUCACGGACUGUCGUAUGUGAUGGACUUUACCAAUGCGAUCGUUACGAGGACGAAUUAGUAUGCGAUAACUCAGCACCAUUUCUUCAGGAAGGCGAAUCACAUUUCAUCUCCUUACCAACCACCACAACAACACGAUUUUAUGACGCAACCUUGUUACAAACAAACGCUACGAAUGGAUUUCAAGUUGUGUUCCAGUCUUUGAAUCUCUACUAUGCUGAUAAGAUCGAAAUAGGGACUGGUAACGAUCCGUCUGACAUACAGUCUGUCAUCACAACUUUCUAUGGAUAUAGAACCACCGCUCCCGAUGAUGUCUAUGUUAAUACCAAUGAGAUGUGGUUUGCUACCAUAGGAGCAAUAAAGAGCUCUAGACUUCAAAUGGUCGUUGAAAUAUUUUCUAAUGACUUAUCAACCGUGUUUCCUUGUUCGAGAUCCAACAGAAACGUGUCACGGGCUGUCGUGUGCGAUGGACUUUAUCAAUGCGAUCGUUACGAGGACGAAUUAGUAUGCGAUAACUCAGCACCAUUUCUUCAGGAAGGCGAAUCACAUUUCAUCUCCUUACCAACCACCACGACAACACGAUUUUAUGACGGAACCUUGCUACAAACAAACGCUACGAAUGGAUUUCAAGUUGUGUUCCAGUCUUUGAAUCUCUACUAUGCUGAUGAUAAGAUCGAAAUAGGGACUGGUAACGAUCCGUCUGACAUACAGUCUGUCAUCACAACUUUCUAUGGACAUAGAACCACCGCUCCCGAUGAUGUCUAUGUUAAUACCAAUGAGAUGUGGUUUGCUGCCAUAGGAGCAAUACAGAGCGCUAGACUUCAAAUGGACGUUGAAAUAUUUUCUAAUGACUUAUCAACCGUAUUUGCGUGUUCGAAAUCCAACAUCAACGUGUCACGGGCUGUCGUGUGCGAUGGACUUUACCAAUGCGAUCGUUACGAGGACGAAGUACCAUGCGGUAAGUCCAAGGAAAAAGGAUAUUGGGUACUGCGCUCCUAA